AUGGCGGACGAGGAAAUAUCAUCCAAUGAAGGAGCAAACUGUCCGACUCCUAGUAUGGUGCUUCCAGUGCUGACAUCUGUAGCUUCACUCAUUGGGUGCUUUUACGUUGUUGCUACUUAUUGGCGAGUACUGGCACUACGACAACAGCCGGCUGGGAUUAUGUUUGGCAUGAGUUUGUAUGGCGCAAUCUAUCAAUUCUUGUAUUUGCUCGACCAGAUGUCUACCUCCGUGCAGUGCGCGGAUAUUGGCAUCAUUGUCGACUUCUUUCUCACAGGCCAAGAGACGUACAUGCUUAUCUUUGCCAUCGACUUGCUUCUUGUGCUAAAGAAUCCGUUUUCAGCUGCGAAAGGACAAAUGACAAAAUAUCACAUCUUUGGCGGGCUUUGGAGUUUGGUAUGUGCUGUCAUAUCCCACUUUGAUACUCGGUAUGCGCCGUUUGGAUUCUGUUGGAUGAGCUCGAGUGGAGACGAUUUCGAUCGCUCACGCGGCGUAGAUGCUACUGAAGCUGCAAACAGCCCACUCACACCUGGCGUUUUCUUUGCAUUGUACAUCAUCGUCGUGUAUUUCACAUCGCUGAUCGCAAUUGUGCGCACGUGGAACACGUUUGUCAAAGGACUUUCUGAUACAUUUCGAACUCGAAAACGCAUUCAGCGACACCUCAAGUACUAUGUGGGCUGCUAUUUCGGAUACUGGACGCUGGUGCUGGCAUGUUAUACGAUAUUCAGCUUGCUGCCGCGUUCAGAGACUGACAACACAGGAGGUAUACGCUGUCGAGCGUGGCAUCUUCUGUAUUGCCUUCUACUCGCGAAAGGAAUGGUACAUGCAUUAAUAUGGACGCGUACGUCCAACAUCCUCCGAAUUAUUAAGCAGCUUCGGACGGACGGAACCAUCAAUCUACCAGCACAUGACGGAAAUCAUGAUGAUAACAUUAAUUGGGCGCUUCGGCUAGAAAUCCUCACCAACACCACCAAAGGAAUUUGUCAGAGCGUUGAUCGGGCCGAACAACAAGCGCGCGCGUCUGCCGAGUUAUCGGUUCGAUCUGUGUCUGGAUUGUCGCUUGAAGAAGGAGCCAUACACUACUUUGAUGACUAUUGUGAUCGAAAAGAAAGUUACACACAGAUCGAAGAGCUGAUACUCGAAAAUCGUAACGACAAUCGGGCACUUGGCUCACGAACUGAAGGCGUGGUCUUCAAGGAUUUUGCACCCCACGUAUUUCGCCGUCUUCGAGAGGAAGCAAAGGUCUCAAGUGCAAGCUACCGCAACUCGUUACAGCAAACGACGAAGGAACGAGUGAGCGAGGGCAAGAGUGGAGCUUUUUUCUACUUUACUGAAGACCGCAAAUACGUUGUGAAGACACUUACAAACGAAGAGCUCAAAUUUUUGCUAAGCAUCCUGCCGCGUUACUACACCUUUAUGAAGAGAUUCCCCGAUACAUUUAUGACACGGUUUUAUGGCUGCCAUGGGCUCACCAUGUACGGCAAGACUGUCUUUUUCGUGGUCAUGCAAAGCGUGUUUGCCACAUCACUCCCAAUCCACGAGCGCUUCGACCUGAAAGGGUCGUGGGUUGGUCGGCUCGAGGGUCGUAAACCUACGGGUACAAUCGCUAUCUGUAAAUUCUGCAAUGUCGAGUACACGGUAGGUGGUAGUCACGAUCAGCGCUGCAAUGUCCGCGGAGAAGGUAAUAUGAAUCAUCAGUACGACCAAGUCGGCAAAGAUCUCAACUGGAAUCGCCACAUGGCUCUACCUUAUGUCACAGCACGUGCAGUUGCAAUUCAGCUGACCACUGAUUCAGAAUUUCUUUGCAGCAUCAAUUGCAUUGACUAUAGUUUGCUUGUCGGUAUUCAUCACCGCAGCUUCAACGUCUCGCACUAUUCCUCUGGCGAUUGUGAUUCACCGGCAUUUAUUCAUCAUGACAAUUGCUGCAGCAUGACUAGUCAAUUUCAUGUUUCCAAUCGAAAUGGUCGGAGCAACAGCAGCGAGUCCCACAGCUCAAGUUUCACCCGCAAUCGCAGUAGUAGCGGUGGUAUCCCAAAUAGUCGAGGAUGCAAUUGCUCCUCUGGUACGAAUGGAGCAAAGAAGCCACUCCAUUACCUUGCUCAUGAGGGCAUGAGUGUGGAUGAGGUUCAUGGACCCGGCCUUUAUUAUCUCGGACUCAUUGAUAUUCUCCAACAAUGGAAUUUUCGCAAGCGUGUCGAGUACUUUAUCCGAGUGUAUUUACUACUACAAGAUCGACAUGGAAUAUCGGUGGCGAAUCCGCGACAGUACGCCGAUCGUUUCCAGCAACGAGUGGUCAAGGAGCUAAUCUAUGAUGCAGCUGCCCUACCCAGGCGAGACAACCGGGACAGUAUCUCGUUCGCACAGCUUCAGCUCCAGAACCAGCGCAAUGCCCAAUUGAUCGAAUCCAAUCGCACUUUAAGCACGAUGCUGGCUUCGUUGGAAAGGAGCGCCGUCACGUUUUCCAGCCAUACUCCAACGCAAAAAGAACCCUUUGCCAAUAUUCUGAUGUCUCCGAAGCGAAGCAUCAAGCCGAUUGAAAGGAAGACGGAACUGGUGGCUCGUGCUGUCUCAACACAGCAUCAUCCUUACUAUUCAUGUGACAGAAGUAGCUGCUAUACUUUGGCCGGGGUUGGACGACUAUCAGGCGGCCUUGUAAUGGAUUAUCCAAGUACUGCGACUAACAUGUCCAUCGUGUACCCAACAGCGUUAAAUGCUUUACCGCUGCAUCUCCGUCGAACACUGGCACCGCUGACGCCAUCUCCACGAACUUCUUCAGUUUAUCGUAGUGAUUCUGAGUUGUCCAAGAUAAGCUGCCAACGGUCAAAGAGCUCUGCUCGUCUGAGCACUUCAGAAGCGUAUAAUAAUGGGCGACUAUGCAGUCGUAUACACAGUAGUAGCUGUGCAACCGUAUUGCACUUAGAUGAAGGUGCGCUACGAGCGCAGCUCGACCCCCACGACUACCAGGUUGUGUAUACCCCAAAGUUUCCUGACAAAACCGCUUCGAAGCCCCAACGCAUGUCGAAUGACCGCCACGCAAAGCGCAAAACUAUGUGCCGUAUUCUUGUCAUGCUUCGACCCAUUUGCCACUUUCUCCGUAAGCUACGAUAUCCCGCCCCAUUCUUGAUUCCUCCACGCUGCGACACGAUAUUCACUGUCUCGUUCUACUUGGCACGACAAAAGCGUCGCAUCGACGAGGCAUUCUGUCUUGGCGUUGGCAAGAUUAAGCAGCUCAAGGAUCAAGUGACGAAUAUUACCACAACGAAUAGGCUUGUACGCAUGGUGAGACUUGGACAGACCGAAAAUUUCUCGGUUGGUGAAAGACAUCAUCAGCCUUGA